GCCACUGUUAUUUUUCUGGUAUUCAAUCGCGGUCAUACAAAUCCCACAAUAUAAUGUUAAAUUAAUCAUAUUUAUACUUAUCUAUAUAUAAGCAAAGCGAAAUAUUCGAUUGUCCCUCGAAGUAAACAGCCCGGGUGCUCCACAAUGAAGCAAGCGCAAGUAACUUAAGCUGUGUCUACGAACUAUCUCGAAACACACUAUUUUCCCGUCAUCGCACUCAAACUGCCCAGCUCGAAAAAUCAACAAUAAAUUUGUAUCGGGCUAAAGGCGCAUUACGGUGGUGCACCUUCGAGUUCCGGGCGGCAGCUUCAGAAACAGAUAAAAUUAAGCUAACUAAGCAACAGCAUCAAACACUUCGACACCCACUCGAAAAAAGCUAAAGACAUUCCAAACAAGUAGCAAGCAAAGCGGCUAAAAAUUAAAAACCAAAAACCAAAACGAAACAGUAGGCAGCUAAGCAACCAUCUUGGGUGACAUACACUUGUCCGGCUUUUUGGAGGGCGGCAGGUUUGAAUCAAAUCUGGAUCAGCCGCAGGAUAUGGAAGUUGAUGCGCCAACAGCGCAGGAAACCAGUGACACUCAUCUCCAGACCCGGAAUCACCACCACCACGAUAGUGCUCAACGCCAGCAGUUGCAGCAGAUCUCGCCCAGCGAUUACCACUCGGAGGCAUCCAUGAAUUUUGAUUAUUUGCAAGACCUGAGGGCCGGUGCCAUGGCCUCCACAUCCACGGCCGGAUCCGGAGGAGGUGGCAAUGGCGGGAACAGCUCCUACGGACUCGUCGACGACAGUAGAGCGCUGGACAGACCAUUUAACGCCAGCGAGAGAUUCGUCACCAUACUGGAUAAUUUGGAUGCACGUGUGGAGAAGCUGCGCAAGGAUGCACUCAACCUGCAGGAGAAGAAAGACUACCUUUUGAUGUCCAUGGAUCUGAUCAAGAGCAACGAAAUGAUGCAGAACAUGAGCGAGGCUGAACGAGAGGAGAUCAUUUUGUACAUACAGCGGGUUAGCUCCCGUUUGGGCACCGUCGAGCUAAAUGUGCGCACUGUGCGGGACAACUCUCAGGAGGAUUCCCUCAGCCAGAUAAAUGCAUUGAUCGACAACAUGAUCAAAAUGGGUGAUCCCGUGAUCGGACGCCAACGAUGCCAGUUGUACUUAAACGCCUGCUGCAGCAGCUCAAUGGAUCCAUCCGGGCACAUGGACACUGUGCCCGAGGCCGAUGCCGGGCCCAUCGAUAAGAAAUUCGAGAGCGUUCUGCUCGGCUGCACUCUGGACGAUCAGAAGAACAUCAAGAAGCGGCUCCAAGCCUUAAUGGGUUAUCUGAAUAAGCAAACUGUUAGCCAUUAAUUUAAUUGUUUUUGGGCCAUUAACUAUUCAUAGCAUUAUUAUCAAACCAAACGAAAUACAUCACCAAGCCGGAUGAAACGAAUAAUAAACAAAGCAUAUACACUAG